CUAACAGUGGCAGGAACAGACCUGGACCCGUUUCAGAAGAAGAAUCAUUCGGUUCUGUCACACGUUUGGGGACGAAGAAGACACGUGCACGCUUUGUGAUGUCCAGAACCUGGGCUUAGCAACGCCGGCAAGGUUCGAAUGCCACCCCGCGCAAGCCCACGGCGGCCGGGGAAACAAGGUCCGUCCCGACGCCAGCCCAGGGGGAAGUGGCCGCGGAGCCCCGUCCUUCCCGUCCCGGGAGCCUCAUUGGCCAGACUUCCGCCCGCCAUCUCUAUGAACCCUCCGGAUUGGGCACGGCAGGGGCUGAGUGAAUACCAGAGGAACUUUCUGUGGAAAAAGACCUAUUUGUCAGAAGCCUGUAAUCCCUCAGUGGGGCAGAAGCACCCAUGGGCUGGUCUUAGAUCAGAUCAAUUAGGGAUCACUAAAGAGCCAAGUUUUAUUUCAAAAAGAAGAGUCCCUUACCAUGACCCCCAGAUUUCAAAAUCUCUUGAGUGGAUUGGAGCCACCCCAGAGAAUGAGGUGGUGGCAUUAUUGCAACCUAAAGCUACAGAAGCACCCGAGUCACAAGAGGUGGAAGGUGCCAGCCAAGGAAGAGUUCUGUCCCUGGAAGUCCCCAGAGUCCCCAAGAGAACCAGGUCUCAUUCCGCAGACUCCAGGACUGAAGGGUCUUCAGAUGUCGGGGACAGUAAUGAAGGUGUAAAAGCAGAGCAUGUACCGCUUACUGAAAAUGUGGAGCAGGAACAUUCUACCAAAUUUUCUUCAGAAAAUGUAGAUAAUAGGUUGGAUAGACUUCUCCGCAAGAAAGCUGGACUGGCCGUUGUUCCUGCACAUAAUGCGCUGAGAAAUUCUGAGUAUCAAAGACAGUUUGUGUGGAAGACCUCUAAAGAAGCCACUCCAGUCUCCCCAGCCAAGCAGGUUUACCACAGUAAAAGCAGAUUUGUUCCACAAUUCAAAAGUAACUCAGUCAUUCAUGAAACUGAAUAUAAAAGAAAUUUCAAGGGUUUAUCUCCAGUGAAAGAACCUGUAUUAAGACAUGAACUGAAAGAAAAUGGAAUUCCUGAAACAGUAGCUCCUGAAAGAAAGUGUGGUAAAGCAGACGAUCCUUUGAGGUUAGAGCCAGAGAUGGCGUCCAAAGACUCAAACCAGCCUAAGAAGAAGCUUACUCCUUGGAGACAUCAAAGGCUUGGGAAGGUGAAUUCUGAAUAUAGAGCAAAAUUCCUGAGCCCAGCUCAGUAUUUCUAUAAAGCCGGGACAUGGACAUGCGUGAAGGAAAACAUGCCGGACCAGGGUUCUCUAAAUGCCAUGUGGUAUGCAGAGGUUAAAGAACUCCGAGAGAAGGCUCAGUUUUACAGGAAGAGAGUUCAGGGAACACAUUUUUCUCGGGACCAUCUGAACCAGAUUGUUUCUGAUAACAACCGUUGUUGGGACGUCUCUUCUACCACGAGCUCAGAAGGAACUGUGAGCAGCAACAUCAGAGCGUUGGACUUGGCCGGAGAUCCUACGGGUCCUAAGACUUUGAAGGAAUGUCAUUCUACCAAACCAGAAGAAAAAGGACAUGUCUUGGAAGAACCCCAGACAAAGAGUAUGGAGCAAUUGGGCAUGUCGGGUGCUCCCACCGUACCUGUUGGAAGGAGACUGGCCUGGGAUGCAGAGGACACUGGUGACAAUGAACAGGAAGAACCCAGAGGGGAGAAAGAGGAGGAGGAAGUGGAUGUGCGGGAGCAGGAGGAAGAAGAGGCUAAGGAGGAGCAGGUGUGCACUGGACACCUGGAGAAGUUGGACACCCAGGAGAAAUCUCAGGCAGAGAAGAUAAGAGAAGGGUCAGAUUCUUCUUCGGAAUCCUCAGCAAAGGGAGGAAGGCUUCCUACUCCAAAGCUGAGAGCACUGGGUGGCAUCCAGAGGACUCAUCAUGACCUCACCACUCCCGCUGUUGGUGGUGCUGUUCUGGUGUCACCGUCCAAAGUGAAGCCCCCUGCCCCAGAGCAGAGGAAGAGAGUGGCCCCUCAGGAUGGCCUGGAGACUCCAAAGAAAGACUGUACUAAGAAAGAAAAUCGGGCCAUAUCUCUACUGACUUCUCCAGCUGCUGGCAUAAAAACAGUUGAUCCCCUACCUUUACGGGAAGAUACUGAAAUCAAUAUUCCUAAAUUUACUGAGGCAACUCGUCCAGUUGCAACGAUUCCAGAAUCUCCAGCAAAUAACCCUGGACAGCCAUCUUCUCCACGUGCUCUGUCCUACUGGCAUCCCUCUCGUCGGAUUCAGGGUUCUCUGAGACACCCAGAAUUUCAGCAUAAUGUGGGAAAAACAAGGAUGCGCAAUUUGCAGUUACAUCAGCAUGAAGCCUUUAAUGAUGAAGAUGCGGACAGGUGGUCGGACAUCUCUGCUCGCUCUGCGGCCUCUAGCCUGAGGGCUUUCCAGACGCUGGCGCGGGCUCGGAAGAGGAAGGAGGAUUUCUGGGGCAAAUGAUCAAUGUGGCAGAGACACUUCACCCAGAGAACCCUGGGCAGGAUUGUUGCUAUUGCUUACUGUGUUUAGCUUUUUGUGAGUCAUUCAGGUGUGUUUUUUUCCCCAACAUGUCUUAGUUAAAAGUAAUGUUUCAGUAGUCAGUUCAGUUUACUUGGGAACUUUUAACACAGAGUUUGAACAAAUUA